CAAUUCAAACAUUGCAAAGAAAUAAGGUAACCUUUUUUUAUUAACCAGGGUAUCUCAGAUCUAUGAAACGAUUUAGACUAGCUAUCCUUUUGUAAAUUUAGACGCUGUCGGGUGAAAUAUUAGUCUUGUCUCUAAAUUUUUUUAAAGUUUUUUACAAAAAAAAUAUGCCUCCAAAUUACGAACUUUUAUUCUAUAAAUUUCUCCAAAAAAAUGUUCAUAGCCCUCGAAACUUUAGAUCCGGCCAUAAACGCAUGAUGAAUUAUUUCUCUGAAUAUUUAAAUGGGUUAUAAGCAAUAAAUCCAUUUCUGCAUAUUCUGGAACUAGUAAUUUUGUACUAGAGAGCAAUAGAUCUCUAACACAAAUCAACAGAACGACUCCUCACACCUAAGCAAAAUCGAUUCUAAAAAAAGGCUAAAUAACUCUCUUUUUUGAAGACUAAAUAGCUAUAUAAGCAGACAGGACUUUAAAAUGAUAGUAAAUUAAUCACUGCUCUAACGAAUCAUAUUGUUAUAAAUUGAUGAUACAAUAUACUAUAUAUUAAAGCCUUCAACGUAGAAGCAUCUAUAAAGCGAUUGAAUUAGUGUUAGAAUUAGUUUAGUCGUUAGAAGAGUUAGGGUUUUCGCGGGUCCCAGCCUCCCAGGCAGGGUUCAUGAGUUUGCGUGCCUUGGUGUGCUUAAAACUAAAUUUACACCAAUAAUCAACUACCAUAUCGAGACGUUUGAUUCAUUCUUAGAAAAUACUAGUAGUAUAGUAUUGUUUUUUUGUUGCUAUGAUUUAGUACAUAUUCAUUGUACAUUAAAAGUUUUAUUAAAGGCUCACAAACUCCCUUUUGUCAACAUAUGGAUUAGUUGCAGCAACUUUUGUGUACCUACAUUGCUUCACAAACUUGAUCAUCUUCUUCUCUUCCUUUCAUUUUCUUUUUCUUGCAAAAAAUAAUAUUAUAAAAGGGUAUUUUCGUCAUUCACUGGCCAUCAAAGUCAAAACCUAAACUAAGAUUUUCUCCUUCCGACAAGAUACAAGACGCAAACACACAAAAACCCUAUUUAAAGCGUGAAGAUCACACACAUACACUUAGGUUCAUUAAUUAGCUAAGAUCCUUAGUUUGAUUGCCUUCUUCGAAACCUUUCGCCCUUGUGAAUUCUAAAGUGAUCUUCAACAGGUUUGAUAAUACAUACACACAUACAAAAAUAUAUGUUAGUAUUCUUGUGAACGUACGUAUAUGUUUAUGAUCAUGCGCUUACACCAAAAAAAUGUUUAUGAUCAUGCACAUGCAUGUUAUCCAAGUUCAUAUAUUAUCCUAUAAUGUAAUGAAAAUGUGCUCGUUUAUUUCUUAUCUCUUAGCUUGAUCUAUUUGGUUAGAUUAUUGAAUUUACUUUAAUUAUUUAAUAAUGUUUUGUAAGUAUAGUGAAAAUGGGGCGAUCGCCAUGUUGCGAUGAGAAUGGGCUGAAGAAAGGGCCAUGGACACAAGAUGAGGAUGAUAAAUUAAUCGAUCACAUUCAAAAACACGGCCAUGGAAGCUGGAGAGCUCUUCCUAAGCAAGCCGGUUUAAACCGAUGCGGAAAGAGUUGCAGAUUGAGAUGGACCAAUUACUUGAGACCUGACAUCAAGAGAGGGAACUUCACUGAAGAGGAAGAAGAAACCAUCAUCAACCUCCAUUCCCUUCUUGGAAACAAGUGGUCGUCGAUAGCCAGUAAUCUUCCUAGGAGAACGGACAACGAGAUCAAAAACUAUUGGAACACACAUCUGAGAAAGAAACUUCUCCAAAUGGGGAUUGAUCCCGUCACACAUAGGCCCAGAACUGACCAUCUAAACGUCUUAGCUGCUCUUCCACAGAUUAUAGCCGCCGCAAAUUUCAACAGCCUCUUGAAUCUUAAUCAAAAUUACGUGCAACUGGAUGCAACAACUCUUGCUAAAGCCCAAUUGUUACACAAUAUUAUUCAAGUCCUUAGCACCAAUAACAACAACAAUUCCUCGUCUUGGCCAUUAGCCAUGCAGACCAGUGACAAUCUCUUUGGUCAAUCUUCUUACCUAGAGAACCAAAAUCUUUUUGGCCAAUCUCAAAACUUAUCUCACAUUCUUGAAAAUAGUCAUGGAGAGGAUUUUAUAGUAAAAAACCAAACAAAUGAUCAUCCUUUGGAUUCAUUUUCUUCCCCGGUACAAAUGAAUGCUCAAGAUGAUUAUAAUUCGCUUCCACUACUGGUUCCGGCUUCUCCAGGGGAAUCUAAACAAAGUCAGAUGAUGAUCAAGAACAAAAGAAUAGUUCAUGAACAUCAGCAUAGUCAGGAUACUUCAAACCCGUCAUCAUCAAACUCCACACAAGAUCAUCAUCAACCAUGGCGUGACACUAUUGAUGAUGAAGCAAGUGAUUCUUAUUGGAAAGAUAUCAUAGAGCAAACGUAUUCGGAACCAUGGCCGUUUCCUGAAUAGACAAGAUUCGAAUUAGAGAGAGACUAAUAAUAUCGUAAUUUUUGUUGUUGGAUAGAGUUAUAUGCAUAUAUAUUUAUCGUUCACUAAAGACUAAAGUUCCCUUUUUCUAGACCAUGUAUCCCUUUUUCUAGACCAUGUAUGUAAAUUGAUCUUGUAAAAUUUAACCACUUUAUUGUAUUAAAUAUUGUUUGAAAUUACACUUCUAAAAUCUAAUUUAUAUAUUACAAUUAUCAUUGCAAAACACAAACGAAAAUACAGUAUCAAAACUAUUGAUUCAAUAGCAAAGAAAAGUGUUUUCUUCCAUUUAUGAUUUUCUUAGAAGUUUACAGUCUGUAUAAACGUAAAAGCUCACGCAAGCGCGAACAAAAACAGUCAAGCUUUGUAUUAAAAAACAAAAAUAAAUUUUUGACUCUCCCAAGCCAAAUGAACAAGAUAAAUAUGAUUACGUUUGGAAAGUAAUUAAAUAUAGGUACUUUUUGUUUGUUUUACCAAAAAUAAC